GUCUAGCAGGCUAGCACUGAUAUUUUGCUUCAAACAGAGAUGCGUUACAUGGAUGAUUAUUUCCUUCAGCUCCAAUCCAUCGUAGUAAUCUUUGCUCUUAUCAUUCUUUGCAAAGUGUUGUGGCAUGGCACUUUUACAAGCUUCAACAACAAACACAAGCGACCACCUCAGCCCUUUUUUGCUUUACCGGUGAUCGGUCACUUGCACUUGCUCCUCAAUGCCCAAACUAUUUUUCAUAAGCUCGGUGACAUGGCCGAUAAGCUCGGGCCGGCGUUCAUGCUCCGGCUUGGAUCCCGACGCACUUUGGUCAUUAGUAGUUGGGAGGUAGCUAAAGAAUGCUUCACCAUUAAUGACAAAGCUCUCGCUUCCCGGCCAUCUAACACUGCCGCUGUUACCCACUUGGCCUACAAGGCUGCCUUCUUUGGUCUUGCUCCUUAUGGCUCUUUCUGGCGAUCUAUGCGUAAGAUCGCCACCACUGAGCUCCUUUCCAACACUCGCCUUGACAAGCUCAAGCAUGUCAUGUUGGCAGAGAUUGAUACAUGCAUCAAAGAACUACACAAUCUCUGUGGCGAUAAUAAUAAUGAUAAUAAUAGGGUUGACAUGAAGGAAUGGUUUGGAGACUUGAACUUCAACAUAGUGCUCCAAACGGUGGCCGGAAAACGGUUCUUCGGGUCCGGUGGUGGCUCUGACGAGGCUUGGAGGUUUAGAAAGGCAGCACAUCAGUUCUUUCACCUUCUCUUUGUCUCUGUACCAUCGGACAUGUUCCCUUGGCUUGAGUGGAUGGAUCUUGGUGGUUAUGUGAAGGCGAUGAAAGCUGCAGCGAAGGAGAUGGAUUCAGUGAUGGUUAAGUUAGUAGAGGAGCACAGGGAGAGAAGGACUUCAGGGGUUGCCACCGGCGAUACAGAUUUCAUGGACGUGAUGCUUUCCAUCAUACAUGAUGACCAUGAGCUUCAAGGCCACUUUGAUAAGGAGACUCUCAUCAAAGCUACUUCCUUGAAUUUGAUACUUGGAGGUACAGACACAACAGGCAUAUCAAUGACAAGGGUCUUGGCACACCUACUAAACAAUCAGGACAUAUUGAAGAAGGUGCAGACCGAGUUAGACGAGCAGGUUGGUUUGAACCGAGUUGUGAACGAGUCAGACAUCAAAAAUUUGAUCUACCUCCAAGCAGUGAUCAAAGAGUCACUCAGGCUAACUCCUUCAUCUGAGUUUCUAUUUCCACGAGAGACCGUGAAGGAUUGCACUGUAGCAGGAUUCCAUAUUCCGGCCGGCACGCUAGUGAUUGUGAACGCAUGGAAGCUGCAGCGUGACCCUCGUGUGUGGCCAAACCCGUUGGAGUUCCGGCCGGAGAGGUUCUUACCAAACCAUGAAGCAGAUGGAAUUGAUGUGAAAGGCCAGAACUAUGAACUUAUUCCUUUUGGGACUGGCCGGAGAUCAUGUGCGGGGAUCUCCAUGGCACUAUGUAUAAUGCAUUUGACGCUGGCCAGACUCAUCCAGGCCUUUGAGCUCAGGCUGGUGAACAAUGUCCCUGCUGAGCUCUUUGAGGGAUUGUUCUCCAUGGCCAUACACACAGCUCCAUUGAUGGCGGAGAUCACUCCACGUCUCUCUCCGGAGCUUUACCAGUUCUAGCUAGCUGUCAAGCUACGGAGGAUACGUUAUAUAGUCCUACUUAUGUCCUUGUGUGCUGUGUUGUAUUUGGCUUAAAUUCAAUAAAGUGGUAAUAAUGUUGAUGCACAAGUGUAUGCUAUCUGUUUAUUUAUCAAACACCAUUAUUGCC